ACAGGAAAAUCAUUGUACAAGAAAAGGUACAAAAGAGCAAAAUCACAAUCGGAACAAAAUCGAGAAAAGAAAAUCCGAGUUUUUUUUGGAAUGUGAGACACAUGUGGCGAACGUUUCAGCCAAAAAUUCAUCAUGUUAAAACACAUAAAGCAGCACAUGUAUCAGUGUCAAACUUGUUGCCAGAGUUUUAGCUUCAUGCGAGAUUUGGGGCGUCACAUCAAGAAGAUUCACGAACCUCCACCUUAUCCCUGCAGCAUUUGCGAGUUCAAGAGCAACAGUAAAUGUAUCCUAAAGGAUCACUUCAUACGAAAGCAUACCAGCGGCUUUAGAUAUACCUGCACGGUUUGCAAAAAGCAGUUUAAGAUUAAAAGCGAUUUGAAGCAACAUAUGAAUUAUGUACAUACUGGCGAAUCGUCAAACAUUUGUAGCAUCUGCGGACAUAUAUGUAAAACCACGCGUGCCAUGAAAGCGCAUAUGAAAUAUCGACACUACAAAUCGGCUUACGAGUGCAAGAUAUGCAAACGCAGUCUGACCUCGCAAAAGAAUCUGGACCAGCAUCUAAUCUGGCACCAACGGAAGAGGGAGGUUGUCUGUCCCACUUGCGGCAAGAUUUUCGGCCAGACAAGAGACUUAAAUCUUCAUUUGAAAAUCCAUCAGGGUAUCCGACCGUUCUCUUGUCCAAUCUGCGGCCAUACUUUUCACAGAAAAACCGCGCAAGAGCAACACAUAAUGAUUCACACCGGCAAGAGACCAUAUGUCUGCGACAUAUGCGAUCAAACUUUCGCACAAAGAACAGUACUUAAUAGCCAUAGAAAGCGUCAUCCUGGAUCACUGCCACCAUUACCUGUAGUAUCUAUUAAAAAAAUAAUCCAGGACUUUAUGCAAGAACUGAAAGUUUCUCUUACCCAGCAACAAGAUAAAAUAACGUCAGAUAGCUAAAUGUCAAUUCGGAAGAUUGUUUUGUCGCAUUGAUGACGAUUCGCUAUCCGAGAUUAAUUAAAUUCGUUCAUAAUAGCUGGAUUAAUCCAUGAUAAACAUUCUAAAAGUUAUGUUUUAAUUUCAGUUUCUAUGUUUAAGUUUAUAUUUUACUAUUUAUGUUUCGCGUUCACUUUUGUUGUUCAGUGAAUUUUAAAAUUCAUUGAACAUUUGUCAAUUUAUAAUCAAAUAUAUUACUAAACAUACACACACAUAUAUAUAAUUUUUUAACAACGAUAAAAAAAACAGAGAAUUUGGUUAUAUU